UUAUUCAUCUCAGGUGUACCAUGAACAAAAGAGGGAGGUACAAUGUUCCGAGUAAUCCAAAGGAAGGUUAUAGUAUUGAGAUGUACAAGGAGAGCAUUGCCGAGUUUGAAUGGCCGAAUGGAUCUUACUGGGUCGGUGCGAGGGGUGGUAAAGUCUUGAGCACUUGAUGGUAAAUAUAGGAUAGUCAUAUGUCGAGAUGCCGAGUUUAUUUUGGUGUAUUUGUGCAUGUAAUGGUUAAAUGAUGUACUAUGGACAGCCUCUUAGUGGGACACGCGGUAGGGUGUACAUUGAACACCUUGAGUGGUUGGAGGAUGGCAUACACAGCGGCACCACGGGAUCCACCACCACAAUCUCAGGGUUUCAGAUCCAUAUCACCCAGACCAGCAUAUCCGAUCCAACACCCAACGCAGAUCCAGAUACCAGCCCAGUUAAGAUACCAGCACCCCCACCAGCAACACCGGCCACCACCGACAUCUUUCCAGAACCCUACCCCAACCCGACGCCCCCUUCCGACCCCAAAGCCACGUCCGGAAUCCCUCCCGCCGCCCGCACGUGCUGCUCAGACCCCGGCCCCGUCACGUCCGGCACCUAUCCCUGCCCCGGCCCCUUCACGUCCUGCCAUCCUUACUCAUGCUGCAUCCUUAGAGAGCACCCACAUUAAUAAUCAUACGAGACGUCCCCUCCCUAAUCCAGGUGCUAGAUCAACUAAACAUGCAAGCUUGGAUCUUCGUGCUCAGUUGGAAAAUAAUAUUCCAACAGAACCAGAUCUAAACAGUGCUGUAAGCUCCCAAACCAGCUCAUCCAGUUUCUCCCCCUUUUCUGCUGCAAGUGGUGCUUCAAGCUUUUCUAGUAUUCCAGCCCAUUCAUCUAGCGCGGCUACUUUCCCAAAUCAACCCCCAUCAUCAGCUUACUCGAAUUCACCUACUUCUACAAACUUUCACGAUACGCCACCACAUGGUUUCAGCGGCCCGAUCCCAGCAUCUAGCUACUCCCAUGUCGGUCCACAUAUAGAUGUGCAGGCUUUUCCACCCUCUUCUGCACCAGCCAAAUUCACCCCUCACUGGAAACGUGACCUUCCCGGGCCCGGGCCAUCACAACAGCCCAAUGAGUCGUCCUCACGUGUGGGUCCAAUCAUGGAGCGCAGGAGCACAGUGUCCGGCUCGGCUGCUCCACUAAAUCUUGCUAACAAGGGGUUUCCCCCUCCUGCGACAUCAAACAGCUAUUCCUCUACCCUUCCAGUAAGCCCGGGGCGUGAUCCAACAAGUGUCAUAGAUCGUGCCCAGACAGUCAUUCAUCGCGCCCAAACACAAACAUCGUCCGGCCGUCGUCCUUUGCCGUCUAUUGGCAAUAGGUCCCCACCGGUACCCCCACUUCCAGGCAUUUCACGCCCGCCCCCUGUUCCAGGUAAUAGUAGUUAUAAUUAGUGCGGUAUUCAACUUUAAAUAAUAUUUUCAGGAAGCUCGCGUUCCCCUCCAGCCAUCCCAAGUUCCUCGCAGGGCCAGCCAGUUCCAGGAAGUUCGCGAUGGCCUCCAGAACCAGGUAUUUAUUUGUCGCUCUAGUGCUCUGAUCGUUCAUCAAUUUCACAUCUGAAAGGGAGUUCACGUGGUCCGCCUAUGCCAGAUACGUUUCGCUCUCCAACAGUUAUGUCAUCUCGUUCUCCGCCUAUCUCUGGUAAUCCAGGAUCACCACCAGUGCCAGGUACUGAUGACUCAUGUUGACUGCCGUAUGUACCUGACU